AAUGACUCUUGGAUUCGAUUUCAAGAACAAGAAGAAAAACAUAACAAACAAGAAGUAGUAGAAGAACAUUCAAGCCUGAAUCACUAAAAUGGCAGAGAUAGAAUCUGAGUCUAAACAAGGAAGAAGGGUGGUGGUGAUCGGCGGCCGAGUCGCAGGCUCCCUCGCAGCGAAGUUGCUUCAGUUCCAUGCUGAUGUCAUCCUCAUCGAUCCGAAGGAGUACUUUGAGAUCACGUGGGCGAGCUUGAGAUCCAUGGGGGAGCCUUCGUUUGCUGAAAGAACAAUUAUCAACCACAAAAACUACUUCAAGAAAGGCCGUGUUGUUACUUCUCCGGCGGUCAACAUCACGGAGACUGAUGUAAUGACAGCAGAUGGAGAUGUGACUGGAUAUGAUUAAACCAUACUCGCAGAUUGUCAUUUCCUCUGCGUUGAGAAGCCUCUGUCUUCUCAAUGGCUCAAUGGAACCUCUCUGAAAGAUAGCUUGGAUGGUAAAGGGAGAGUCAUGGUUGAUGAGAACUUGAGGAUUAAGGAUAGAAAGAAUGUAUUUGCCAUUGGUGAUAUCACUAAUAUUCCUGUAAGUUCACAAGACCAUAACAUUUUCAGGUUUUUUUUACAUAGUUUCUUGUUUUGAUUAUAUGAUUUUUGUAAUGACAGGAUAUAUAGCGGAGAUGCAUGCUAAUGUGGCUGUGAAGAACAUAAAGGUAAUGAUGUCUGGUGGGGAAAAGAAGAAGAAGAUGUCAACUGUACAAGCCUGGAUCAGAGAUGGCUAUUGUAUCAUUAGGAAGAAAAUACUCGGUGGCACAGGACAGUCAUUGGUUGCCUCCCUGGUUUGAUCAAGUCCAAGGAUCUAUUCGUGGGGAAGACAAGAGGGUAAACCCUAAAUGUGUGCACGGUUGAGUCUUUUAGCGGAUGUAAUCAUGUUUAUAUGUUGUUUCUGUAUUGAUCUCAUUGUUUUAGUGUGGAGUGACUGAUUGUUUUUGCU